AUGAGCAGAGUUCAUAUCUUAGCUAUACCUUAUCCUGCACAAGGCCAUGUGAUUCCUUUAAUGGAGCUUUCGCAGCGAUUGGCGAAAUAUGGAUUUAAAGUCACAUUUGUGAACACUGAAUAUAAUCACAAAAGGGUAUUGAAUGCAUUGGAGAAUAAGGAUUAUGUUAGGAAUCAUAUUAGUCUAGUUUCAAUCCCAGAUGGGUUGGAACCUUGGGAAGAUAGAAAUGAUUUAGGGAAGUUGACUGAAGCAUUUUUAAAGGUGAUGCCUCGAAAGCUAGAGGAGCUAGUUGACAGAAUAAAUGCGUCAGAAACUGAAAAGAUUACUUGUAUUAUAGCUGAUGGAAGUAUGGGAUGGGCUCUUCAAGUGGCAAAGAAGAUGAAAAUUCGCCGAGCCGCCUUUUGGCCUGCAUCAGCUGCAUUACUGUCUUUGUCAUUGGCUAUACCAACUUUAAUUGAUGAUGGAGUCAUUGACAAUAAUGGAUCUCUACUGAAGAACCAGAUGAUUCGGUUGGCUCCAACAAUGCCUGCUAUAAAAACUGCGGAUCUAGUAUGGGCUUGUAUUGGUGACUUGACUACACAGAAAGUAAUAUUUGAUGUCUCAGUUGCAAACAACAGGGCUAUGAAAUUGGCUGACUGGAUAAUUUGUAAUUCGGUAUAUGAACUUGAACAUGGAGCUUUUACAUUGUCUCCUAAGAUUUUACCCAUAGGACCGCUUCUGGCAAGCAAUCGACUAGCAGACUCCUUAGGCUAUUUCUGGCUUGAAGAUUCAGCUUGUUUAAAAUGGCUGGACCAGCAACCAACUAAAUCAGUAAUUUAUGUUGCAUUUGGCAGCUUCACUAUUUUUGACAAAACCCAGUUCCAAGAAUUAGCACUAGGACUUGAACUUUCUGGCAGGCCAUUCUUGUGGGUUGUGAGAUCGGAUAUUACUACUGACGGAAAUGCUUACCCUGAAGGAUUUCAAGGGAGGGUAGCUACCUAUGGGAAGAUGGUGACUUGGGCCCCUCAACAGAAGAUUCUUUCUCAUCCUUCUAUUGCUUGUUUCUUGAGCCAUUGUGGUUGGAAUUCUACAAUGGAAGGUGUGGCUAACGGAGUCCCUUUCUUGUGCUGGCCGUAUUUUGCUGACCAAUUUCUUAAUGAAAAUUACAUUUGUGAUAUUUGGAAAGUGGGAUUGAAAUUUAACAGAAACGAAAGUGGGAUCAUUACAAGAGAUGAAAUUAAGAAUAAGGUGGAACAAGUUCUGAAUGAUGAAAAGAUUAUGGAAAGGGCUUCAAAAUUUAAAGAAACAGCUAAUACAAGUGGUGGAGAAGAUGGUUAUUCCAACAAGAAUUUCAAUAAUUUCAUUGAAUGGAUAUUAAGGCUUAAAAGCAUGUAG